AUGACAGAUACAUUAAAUAUCGAAUCUGAUGCAAAUUCCUCACGUAAGUUGGUUGUACUUCGUUCCGAAAUGGAAAGCAUGUUCAGUAAAAUCGAUACUAUAGACACUUCCAUAACGGUUGAAGAUCCAGAAUGGGUAGGGGAAUUAGAAGAAGGCAAAGUUAAAACAAAAUGGGACACGUUUAAGUCGAUAUUCAAGAAAACCAAAACUUUUAACAUGAAUAGCGGCGUAUCGUUCGAUUCCAGAAUGAUCAUUUCCCGAGAUUUUGUAUUGAAUGUGGAUGAACAUGCAGAAUCCCCACGUUUCGGAGACGUUCAAGAACCAUUUGAAAGUUAUGUCAGUGAUUUGAAACCAACAAGAUCAAUAAAACACAAAUAUCAAGUGAUAUCCCUGGUUAGCAGAAAAUUCCAAUUGAAUACACCGAAGUUUGAAGAUAUGGGGAAGGGCUCGUUCGCCUUUUUUUGGGAGCAAUUCAAGAACAACUUUACAUGA